AUGGCUCCGAGCCGCGCGUUAUGCGAGAAGUUUGGAAUUGUUUUUGAGCGGCGGCACCUUCAUCCUCCAUCUCACCGAGCCAUUUUCGAUGACAUCGAAAUCUUGGGAAAGACCGAUUACAACAAAUAUUCUACGAGCGUGACCAUCGAGUCAAAGGACAAGCCUUGGAGGCAUUCUACCAAGAAGCGGGCGGAAAUCAUUACCGAAAAGGCAAUACGAUGCCUAGACGCAAAUAAAAACGAGAUGGGUUGGCGGCUAGCCUUGGAGCCUGAGAUUCUGUCCAGGUUCGAGGUUGAAGUGACAUGUAUACGUUGUCGCGCACGCUUAUGGAGAUCCGAACUCGAGGCAGCUCUGACGGUCUCUGACACGGCUCGUCCUUCCUUAGCAGAACGCCGGGAAAGACGAGGUGUCUGUUCCUGCCCAGUUCAGGCCAAGGGGGACGAAAGAUUCGACUCUGGUCUCAACAGUAUCUUCGACGAUCGUGCAGAUGAGCUCAUAAAUCAUGAUCCUGAAAUAGCAAGUCAGCUUCCCGGCCGUCAAAAACCAGAUCGAGUCUACGGCUUUCGAGCCACUGCUAGAUUUAAACGAUUGCUUUAUUGUACUCUAAGCAGCAGCGGAACUCUGAUCGGCGAAAGCGUGAAACAUAGUCCAUUUCCGAAUAAGAACAAUAACGAGCCGCUGCUAUUCCCCUUCCUAGUGCUCGAGGCGAAGUCGGAGCGCGGUAACGGCAGCUUUACGCAAAUUGAAACACAGACCGCUUUCACAAUCCGGACCUUGCUUGAUCUCCAGUACGGCCUUAAAAAAGCCUCUGGUCCAGGAAGCCAGUGGAAGGCAGAGCCGUUAGUGUGGUUCAUUGGAUAUAAAGGAGAAUAUUGGCGCAUUUCGGCAGCAUAUGUUGACGAUCAGGUGGUACCACACCGCUUCCGAAUUAUCGACGGUCUUUGGGAUGGUCGACUUACCAAAGAGGAAGACUCCUUACGGCUACUCUUGAUUAUGGACUAUAUUUUUGACUGGGCACGCGAUGUACACCGGAGAGACAUUAUAGAAGGACUAAUUUCCCUUGCGGAAACAGUAGCACCGAGUCUUGCAAAUGAAACGGAUGUUUUCAGUACUGCUGAUCCAUCGGACUUCACUCUCCUCAACCUUGAACCUCUGGAACCUGAAAUGGCCGAGGCUUCCUUAGCCACUUCGAUUGAGAUGAAUAAGGCUCUGAGCUUCUUUGAUGGGCAUGGGUAUGCAAUACGUGAUGGCAGACACAUGCACCAUACUUUCUAUGGUCUGGAAGUUACAGUUGACAAUGUCCGGGAGAUUUUGCAAUUGGCAAAAUCGCCCGCUAAAAAAAAGGAGGUGAUGAAAGCAUUGCGAAUCGCCUCGAACCACCAUGACUCGAUCCGUGUUUCAAGAUCAUGCAUUGAUACUAUCGAAAGUAUCUGGACUGGGUGUGACAGGGCGUACACGUCGUCUGAAAACCCGCUUGAAAUGUUACAGUUGCGAAUGAUGUUUACGUCCUUCCUCGGCGAUCGGGGCCAUGGAUUAGGACGUGAAGAUCCAACUGUUUGGGAUCAUUAUCACGAAUUAACUAUUGUCGCCGUCGCGGACAGCGCGGUCGAUAUCUUUGGGGAGACGCCCAAGAGGGGCCCUCAGGUAGAUGAGGAGGGCUUAAUCCGAUUAGUGCAAGAGAUUAAAAACGCUCAGGUGGUUGAAAAACUCGAAGCCGCGGCCACCUGCUGGAGCCAGUCUAUUUCACACAAAGCCUUACCUAGAGAAUUUUCUGUUGCCAGUGUUGAUGGGAAUAUUACACCUUGUGUUGGUGCAAUUGGCAACGAAGCCAUCCUGAAACCUAGUCAAGCACAAGGCCUCAGACUCCCGUUGAAAACUUACCAGAGUUUGAGGACAGGUCAUCUACAACACGAAGCAAGCUUUAUGCGCGUUUCUAGAUCAUCUGACGGGCCAGAGAUAUCAAAGACCUCGACUCACAAAUUAUCGAAUUCCACAUUAGAGACAUCCGGGAAUUGGGGAUUCCUCCUGGUUGUGAAGGUCAGAUCCGUUGCUGGAAGUGACGUGUUCAAGAAACGGUGCUUUUAUUUACUUGAUUCAUCAUCGCCAAUGCUUAGCCAGAAUGAAAGUCACGAGAAGGAUCUGCAUAUACUGGACCAAGGAAGAGCAUUGGAGAUAGAGGCAAGAAAUGAUCCCAUACCGACAAAAAUCUAUGCAAAUCUUGCAAAUCUUAAGAGAAAGGUUGUGGCACCAACCCUGGAUUCAAAUUUUGCGCACUUUUAUACCAACGCGAUUCUUCUCUCUUCGGGUUUAAAGAGGUUGACCUGCCAAAACCAGGAUAAUGACGGGCAGGAGGAACUAGCCCAAGCACGAUAUGAUCAAAUGCAUAGCGAUCCAAAAUGGCCGUACUCUUUUCAAGAAACAAUCCACUCAGUCUACCAAAUUGGCAGAACAUACGGAAUCGAAACCAUCUUAGAUGGAAUGAAGGAAGUGAUGGUCGACGAGGAGACACUAGAUGAAAGUGCGUAUUCCGUGGAGAAACCAUGUGCGGGAGGAUCUUUUGAGAAGCCAAUCGACGUUGAUGCAUUGACUUCGGGAGGAUCUUUCGAGGAGCCAAUUGACGUUGAUGCAUUGACAAUUGAAAAUGGGGAACAAUCGACUCCAUCCCAAACGUAUAGCCUCCCCCGAACAAUGCAAAGUCUCGGACGACGACGCAGCAGUUCUGAUGGAAUGGUGGUACUAGAUUUGAAAACGAAGAGUGGCAACAGUCCUUGGGCUGGGUCAAACAAACGACGAAGGAAGUGA